UCGACGCUCUUCCGUCCAACACACACACACCAAGACCAACACCGCUCAGCUCAGCCUUGCGUAGGCGUGCAAGCCGCCAGCCAGAGAGCAGUGGGUGCUGAGCAGCUUGAUUAGCAUCUGAUCGCGCGCGCAACUACAAGAUGUCGUCCAUCUUCUCCUCAUCGCCCGAGAGCGACGCACCGGCGCGCAGCCUAACAACAAUGGCCGCUCAGCAUGCGCAGCGUCGCCCACUCUCGCCUGGCGUCGACCUUCUCGCCUCGUCACCUUCAUCGCAGACGCCCUCCCUCCUCGAGGAUCCCGGGCUCAGUGAUAUCUCUAGCCUCGACGGGGAAGACUUUGAACUAAUCGACCGCGACGACGGGAGCGAGACCAGCAGUCGUGGUGACGACGACACACGUAUGACCGCCCCGAAUGCCACGCAGUCCUGGCUCUCCGGUACGGCCACCCCUGGUCGCGACAACGCCGUAGCGGCUGCCACCGCCGCUACCUCGCCCUCGGUGAAUCGCCUGCGUCAGAGCUACCUCGGCGAGUCUACGCUGAGCAUGGAGGAGGUCGAGACCCCUACGACGCAAAGCGCUGUGCUUGACGCCGCGACUACAACGCCGCCUCGCCUCACCGACAUGACGCAGUCGAGUUUCUCUUUUCCCGACCCCAACUCGCCGCCUAGCCAGGGUCUGAGUCCCGUAGAGUCGCGCGACUCGCGUGACUCGCCACACUACCAUGGCGGAUCCUCAGCUGCUGGUCAAGCGGGCCAAGACUUCGCUGCUGCAACCACCGCCCCCGAGCGCGAGUUCCACGACAAGUACGCCACCGCCGACGUCGACUUUGGAGUACACGGCAAGAUCCUCCACUGGCUCUCGCAGUCGACGAGGCGUGGCGAGAACGAAGAGCAAGACGCUGGCCCGUCAUCGCGUACGGCAUCACACCACUCGGACGCACCCAAGAAUCGUCUGCGCAACAUGGCCCUUCUUUUUGUCGUCGUCGGCUGGCUCUUUGCAGUCGUAGGGCUAGGCAGCGCACUCUGGCUCGUCACCCCAGCUCUCCCGCUCAUGGCCGCGCGCUCCCUUUCAGCGCUGGGGCUGCCCAACUUGCAAGGCACGGCGCGCGAGUUCUCCUCCUCGUCGUCGUCAUCAUCGUCGACGCCACCCGCAAACACGCCCCUCGCCUCCUUUCCCCGCAUCGCCAAGGCCGACUGGUCCUCAACAAAGGCCAUCGCAGUCAAGCCCCCCGCGGCGACGCCUCGCACCACGGCGACAGAUGUAGCGCUCGUGGUCAAGAAUCUAUCAACGGACGUGGCUCUCUACCACCAGUACGUCGACGUGGUCCUCUCCAAGCCGCGCGCGCUACUCCAGCAGCAGAGCAGCAAGAGGGGCAAGUGGGUCGAGGACGGGUUUGCCUUCCUCAAGUACGGCAAGGAUCGAGUUCAGGCCGAGGCGCGGGACGAGUGGGCAUACUGGCAGGCAAAGCUGGAAGCGCUGUGGCUGCACGUCGUACGUCCGUUCUUGGAGUCCCUCUACGCCGACGCGAAACGCCAGCACGCCCGCGCUGCGGCCAAGUGGGAGGAUAUCAAGCGACAACACGGUCCUGCCUACGAGGAGAUGCGGCGCGCCACGCAGCUACACAUGCGACGUGCGGCUGUCGGGUCUGCGGUACUGUACGCGCGCGUGUGCGAGAGCAGCGUAGCGCGCGAUCUGACGCAGAAGCACAAGGAGCUCAUCGAGGAGCCUGUCCGCAGAUGGGCGCAGGAUGCUGCGCGUGGGGCUCGCGAUCUCAGCCAGAAGCGCAAGGAGCGGAUCGAGGAGCCCGUGCGCAAGUGGUUUCAGGACGCGGCGCGUGGAGCAGAGGUUGUCUUUACGCGCGGGCACAAGCGGAGGCGUCGCAGCGAGUUGACAGAGGAGAAGGUGCGGGAGCGCGUAGCGACGUGGAAGAAGCGGUUGGAGGCGCAGCGAGGGCGUGCGAAGGAGAAGCGCGAGCGCGAGCAAGCCAAGAGGCAGAAGAAGCGUGGGCCUGGCAUGGGGAGGCGAGCUGCCGCAAAGUGGGCGUAGCGCGAUGGUACCGCGGUGGUGACGCGGUGGUAGCGUAGCGCAGUCGUAGCGUAAUGUCCCACCUCUUUCUCUAUCUCUACCUCUCUCUCAGUGUCCGUCCCCCACUCACCGUUCCCAGCCAGCGAAUACGAGCACCAUUCACGUCGACCGC